AUGGCCAAAGCCAGCAGCCCUGCAGCGACAGGACCAGCUGCCCUGGUGUCUUGGACCCACCAAAGCUUCUCAGCUCUGAUCCUGGAGUGGUGGCUCUGGCAGGCAGUGUACCAGUUCCCCGACCAGGUGUGGCACCUGCAGCUCCUGGCCCUUCGCAGGGCGCUCUACGUUCUGUGCGCCCGGAGGGGAAUCUACUGCUUGUCAUUGGCACCUCCGACAAGAAGGCCUGUGAGCCAGACAAGUGAGGUCAAUGAGGACAGUGAACUCCCUUCCCCAGUGAUCACUGUGGACCCAGAUGCCUGCGUCCUCCCAGAUACCACACUCUGCGCGUUCACUGUGCAUGAUGAUGUCCUCGUGGCCCUGGUGCAAGGCCCUGCCCAGUGGAAGAUGCAGCUGUUUGAGCGUCCUGGUCCAGGGGAGGACCGCUGGCCAGGUGGCCUGGUUGGUGAGGUGGAGUUAUCCACCUGCACCCCGCCAGCUGGGGCCCCAGGGAAACUGAAAUCUCCCUGCUUCCUGCCAGUGUUGUGCUGUGUGUCACCACCAGGCUCCGGGGUGCCACGUGGCCAUCCCCAGGGAUGUGGGGGCUUCAUGUUGGAGGGGGCUCUCUUUGGGCUUCUCUUUGGAGCAGAUGCCACCCUCUUAGAGUCCCCUGUGAUCCUUUGUGGUCUUCCUGAUGGGCAGCUCUGCUGUGUGGUCUUAAAGGGUUUGGUCACCUCCAGGUCAGCCCCUGGUGACCCAAAGGCCCUUGUCAAGAUCCUCCAUCACCUAGAGGAACCUGUUGUCUUCAUUGGGGCCUUGAAGACAGAGCCUCAGGCUGGGGAGGCCGUGGAGAGUGUGCCGCCCUGUGAGGAUGUGUACUCAGACUGUUUGGUGGCCCUUGGUCACCAUGGCCGGACAUUGGCCAUCAAGGCCAGCUGGGACAAGUCAGGGAAUCUGGUACCAGAGCUUCGAGAAUACCUCCUCCCAGGGCCUGUGCUCUGUGCUGCCUGUAGUGGGGGCAGCCACCUGUACCACAGCACCCCUUCAGACCUCUGCGUGGUAGACCUGGCUCUUGGAGGUGCCCCCCUGAACUCCCAGCACCCACAGUCCGAUGGAGCCCCCGGAGGCCUGCCCCCCACGCUGUGCCCUGCCAGCUUGAGCAUCUGCAGUGUCCUGACGCUCUCUCUGUCAUCCAGGAUACCUGCAGGUGGCACUGAGCUCCUGGCCCUGUCUGCCAAAGGCUGCCUGAUGACCUGCCGGCUAGACCUGAACUCUGAGGUGCGUGUUCCCACUAGAAUGACCACAGAAAAUGCAGGCCGGAAAAUCAAGGAGCUUCUCUCUGGCAUCGGCGAUGUCUCUGAGAGAGUGUCCUUUUUGAAGAAGGCUGUUGAUCAGCGGAACAAGGCCCUGAUGAGCCUUAACGAGGCCAUGAAUGUAAGCUGCGCCCUGCUUUCCAGCCGGGAGGGCCCCCCGCCCAUCUCAUGCACCACCACCACUGCCUGGAGCCGCCUGCAGCUGCAGGAUGUGCUCAUGGCCACCUGCCUGCUGGAAAACAGCAGCGACUUCAACCUGGACCAGGGCUGGACCUUGUGCAUCCAGGUGCUCACCAGCUCUUCCGCCUUGGACCUGGACUCUGCUGGCUCAGCCGUCACCUACACCAUCCCUGUGGACAGGCUCAGCCCUGGCAGCCAGCGUGAAGUGACACUGCCCCUGGGCCCCAGUGAAAGCGGCGUGCUCGACUUGCCUGUGACCGUGUCUUGCACACUCUUCUACAGCCUGCGGGAGGUGGUGGGUGGAGCGCUGGGCCCCUCAGAUCCUCUGGAGGACCCCUUUGUGGAGGGGCAGCCCCUCGACCUCCUCCCAGAGCAGGAGGGCAUCUGCCUGCCCCUGAGCAGACACACGGUGGACAUGCUACAGUGUCUGCGAUUCCCCAGCCUGGCCCCACCACACGCGCACAUAGCUUGCCCACUCGGCCCUGCCGCUGACCUGGUGGACACCUUCCUGGAAACAUGCCGUGCUCCAGGAAGUGAGCCGGCAGGCCCUGCAGCCCUGCGGGCCAAGUACCUCCCACCAUCCACGGCCUCCAUCCGAGUGUCGGCAGAGCUGCUCAGGGCUGCCCUGGAGGACAGUCACUCAGGUGUCCCCCUGUGCAGUGCCACCCUGCAGUGGCUCCUCGCAGAGAAUGCUGCCGUGGACAUCGUGAGGGCCCAAGCGCUGUCUUCCGUUCAGGGCGUGGCCCCCGAUGGCACUGACAUCCACCUCAUCAUCCGAGAGGUGGCCGUGACUGACCUAUGCCUGGCAGGGCCCAUCCAGGCUGUGGAGAUCCAAGUGGAGAGCUCCUCUCUGGCCGACAUGUGCAGGGUACACCAUGCCAUCAUCGGACGCAUGCAGACGAUGGUCAUGGAGCAGGCUGCCCGGGGCUCCAGCCCACCUGACCUCCGCGUACAGUAUCUCCGCCAGAUCCACGCCAACCAUGAGGUGCUGUUGCGUGAGGUGCAGACCCUGCGUGACCGGCUGUGCACAGAGGAUGAAGCCGGCUCCUGUGCCACAGCCCAGCGGCUCCUCCAGGUGUACAAGCAGCUGCGCAGCCCCAGCCUUGUCCUACUGUGAGCAGCUGCUGGACCACUUCUCACCGCAGGGCGGCUUCUCUUCCUGCUGAGCCGGCCGUGCACAGGAUGUUCCACCAGGCACUGGACCGUGAUCGGGACCACUACUGGCCCUGUGGGAAGGCCAUGGAGACAGUUUCUGGGGUUGGGAUUGGGCGUUUGUGACUGUGUGGUCCCUGCUGCUCCCGCCAUGUCCCAGGAGCACCAGUGGCCCCUCUGGGGCUAAAAGGAGGGAAGGUGUUCCCUGCAACCAAAGCACAAAGCCCUACCUGCUGCGCCGUGCAGGGGUGUGUGGCCUGUGGCCAGAAACUCAGCAGCAAGGGGCCCACAGCUGGGGCUGUGCCUAGCACUGUGCUCUCUUCAGGGUCACCUGGGGGUGGGGCCGUGGCCCAUCUGCAGCCUGUCCUUGGCCUGGUGCUGUUUUUACUACUGGGGGUGACUGUGUAUCUGGAGCCUGCGGUGCUCCAUGCCCACUCCUGCUGUGAGCCGUCUGUGUUGUGCAAGGUGCUCUGCUGACAAGC